AUGAGAUUUCUAUUACUUGUGCUAGCCGCGUGGGCUGGAUCAGCUCGAUGCUCCAUCGAAGUCAACGCCGACACCCACCUGGGCAAGCGAAAAGCGGAGGACACGAUUCCGGUCGUUGAAAUUAGGGGCGAAGGCAAGCCGAUGUCUGCCGCUCAAAUUCGUCAUUUGGAAGAGGUCUCAAACGGUGGCCCGUUGGAUAUAAAAAUAGAAACCGUUUGGAAAGCCGCGCAAUGCGACCGGAAAGCGCAGCGAAAGGAUUUUAUCACGUUGCAUUUUAAGUGCUUCACCGAAGAAGGAAAAAAGGUGGCCCAAUCGUACGGCGACUCUCCGAUCCGGAUCCAACUCGGCGUGGGGAUGGCGAUGCGAGGGUUGGAUAAGGGUAUUUCGGGGAUGUGCGCCGAAGAGUUGAGGAAGAUCACCAUUCCUUACCGGUUGAGCCGGAAGGGGAAGAGCAGGGUGUGGAAAUUUGUGCCGAACGAUGAGCACUGGUUGACCAUGCAGAUCGAACUCCUCUCAAUCACGCCCUAUUCCCACGCCGAGCAGUUCAGAUUUUUGGACAUGAACAACGACACGAAGAUUACGGAGAAGGACUUAGUCGAUUGGUCGGAGGGGAUGAAGAAAAAUUUCGGGAAGACAUGGAAAAACGAGGACGUCGACAACGUGAUUGCGGCUAAAUAUUAUAUCAAGUAUUUCGACAUUAACGGCGAUGGGGAAAUCGACGUCGAGGAAUUUGAGCGGGUGAUGGAGCGCGAUGAGGCGGCCGCUAGGGGUUUGAAGACGAAUAAGUCAAAGGGCCGCCGACGAGACCCGGGUUUCGCGUGGAUCCUCGAUUUCGACAACGACGGCAUCGUCACAUACGAAGAAAGCGAUGAGGCGGCUACACUUUUCGAGGCUGGCCCCACGCGGUUGCCCGUGUUUUCCAAAGAAGAGCUG